GCCGUGGCCUUCGCGCUAGACGGCAAGAUGCUGGCGUCGGCAUCGGGGGACAAGGCGGUCAAGCUGUGGGACGCCGGGUUGGGCGCGCUGCAGCAGACGCUCGAAGGCCAUUCGGGCCCGGUCGAGGCCGUGGCCUUCGCGCCGGAUGGCAAGACGUUUGCG